GUUAAUUCGCAGAAAUAUUUUAUUGGCUAAUGAUGGAUGAUAUCAUGCAGUGGCGGAUUUGCGUAGGUGGAUCAACAAAAAAAAAAUAUUUAGAAAUCUUAUCAAUGGGUGAAAUGUAAAAGUAUGGUUAUGAGUUAUGAGUUAUGAGUUAUGACAAAAAGAGGAUGGUGGAUAGUGAACAGUGAAUGAUUGGUCGGAGAUAGAGGCCAGGAGUCAGUGCCCUUGACGAAGACGUCAUUGUAAAUCGGCGUCUGCGCAUUGACGUUUGAAUCGAACAAGUAGUGGGGGACUCCCUCGCAAGUGGUGACCGAUGAAUACUCGCGAAUUCCGCUAAAAAAUUGUUACGGCGUAUACGUGAGUUGUCUUGUGUUGUGUUAUGUUGUGUUUCGAGCAAGUAAAGAGUUUGCUUCUCCAUUCUCUCCUACUGCUUUCACGGUAACGACAACCAGCCGUGUCGAACACUCCAUACACAAUAAUAACUGUGCUUUAUUUAUUUUUUUUAUUUUUAUUUAUAUUGUGUUUAUUUUUAAUUGUUGACUGUAGAAGAAGUAAUGACGUUUAUCAAGUGUUAUUCUUCCCAAGUAUAGUUUUAUUGCCGACGGUUGUCUUCUUUGGGAUACAAUGCGUCAAUGGAUUACGAUAAAGAGGAACUGAUAAACCAGACAGGACUAAAGAGGGAGAUUUUAUAUACAAAAAUAACGUUGAGUGUGUUAUGUUGUGUACAGUUAAAUAAAGCGCGUAUCACUAUGCACACAAAUUUAGUUAGCUUCUCUGUGUAAAAUGGCAACCUUGACACGAGGUUUUUAUUAUUUAUCAAAUAAUUAAAAUGUCAUUUUGAUAAAUAAUCUCAUUGGUGGUUUUUAAAUUUACAAAAUUUAUAGCUUGGAGUAAGAGUGUCAACGGUGGUUUCCCGAUUAUUGCAGAAGUAGAGGAACGCGUCGCCCGAGGUUCUCAACAACGACAAAAACAGAUCCAGCGACAUUCACAUAAGAUGUAACAACUGUAGACAGAGGUUGUCGUUUUACUGAUCUCACUGAUGAAAAUAUACUUUAUUUAUUCAUCUAGGACUUUUAAAGUUCAAAUUAUACCCAAAACUAUCUGACAAAACCUCGGCUGAGUUCAAGGUUUCAAAGGUAAUAAAAAAAAGGCAAAAUGGCAGCACAAUUGGAGCAACAAUUGCCCAUUCCUCUGCCGGAUUUGAGCACACUUCGAAUAACUACUGCUGUUACUAUGCUCGGAAAAGCCUACGGAUGCGGUCAAUGCAGUGCUCCUCCACCUGGGCCAACAACCAGCACCGCAGUAGGCGCAGCAGGGGCUGCUAGUAGUAGUGUCGCUGCGUCGAGUUCCUUGGGAGUCGUUCCCUCACAGCAGACACACACACCCCCUCAGCCUCCAGAUCUACCAGUAUUCUCAUGUCCUCGUCGGCCAAACAUCGGACGGGAGGGAAGGUCGAUCGGCCUGAAGGCGAAUCACUUUCAAAUAAGUAUGCCUCGGGGAUACGUCCACCACUACGACAUAAACAUUCAGCCGGAUAAAUGUCCGCGAAAAGUCAACCGGGAGAUAAUCGAGACUAUGGUCCACGCCUACUCCAAAAUAUUCGGAACUCUGAAGCCUGUGUUUGACGGUAGAAAUAAUUUAUACACCAGAGACCCACUGCCAAUUGGCAAUGACAAAUUAGAAUUAGAAGUAAUACUGCCCGGAGAAGGAAAAGACCGGGUGUUCCGCGUGUCGAUUAAAUGGCUUGCCCAGGUAUCACUCUACGCUCUCGAAGAGGCUCUUGAGGGACGAACAAGGCAGAUUCCGUAUGACGCAAUUCUUGCUUUGGAUGUUGUCAUGAGGCAUUUACCCUCGAUGACGUACACACCUGUGGGCAGGUCAUUCUUCAGCACUCCAGACGGCUACUACCAUCCCCUGGGAGGCGGUCGGGAAGUCUGGUUUGGAUUCCACCAGUCUGUAAGACCGUCUCAGUGGAAGAUGAUGCUCAAUAUUGACGUGUCAGCAACUGCUUUCUACAAAGCUCAGCCGGUUAUUGAAUUCAUGUGCGAGGUCUUGGACAUCAGGGAUGUUAACGAGCAGAGAAAACCGCUUACUGACUCCCAGCGUGUAAAGUUUACCAAAGAAAUAAAAGGCCUCAAGAUUGAAAUCACUCAUUGUGGUACUAUGCGACGAAAGUAUCGUGUUUGCAAUGUUACUCGCAAACCUGCACAGAUGCAGUCUUUCCCGUUGCAGCUGGAAAAUGGACAGACGGUUGAGUGUACAGUAGCUAAAUACUUUUUGGAUAAAUAUAAGAUGAAAUUGCGAUACCCCCAUCUACCGUGCCUUCAAGUCGGUCAAGAGCACAAACACACUUAUUUACCCCUUGAGGUCUGUAAUAUUGUUGCCGGUCAACGUUGUAUCAAGAAAUUAACUGACAUGCAGACAUCAACGAUGAUUAAAGCUACAGCUCGUUCUGCGCCAGAUCGUGAACGCGAAAUCAACAACUUGGUUCGUCGUGCUGAUUUUAAUAAUGACUCUUACGUUCAAGAGUUUGGUUUGUCUAUUUCUAAUAACAUGGUUGAAGUUCGCGGUCGUGUAUUGCCACCACCUAAAUUGCAGUAUGGAGGACGCGUGAGUUCUCUCAGUGGACAGACAAAGCAACAAGCACUACCGAACGCCGGAGUAUGGGAUAUGCGAGGCAAACAAUUUUACACAGGUGUUGAAAUAAGAGUAUGGGCUAUAGCUUGUUUCGCCCCGCAGCGAACAGUAAGAGAAGAUGCCUUGAGAUCCUUUACUUCUCAGCUCCAGAAGAUAAGUAACGACGCUGGUAUGCCAAUUAUUGGACAGCCUUGUUUCUGCAAAUACGCAACAGGACCUGAUCAGGUUGAACCUAUGUUCCGUUAUCUAAAAUCGACGUUCCAGGCUUUACAACUUGUCUGCGUUGUUCUACCCGGCAAAACACCUGUUUAUGCCGAAGUAAAAAGAGUCGGUGACACAUUACUGGGUAUGGCAACGCAAUGUGUGCAGGCUAAGAAUGUAAAUAAGACAUCACCCCAAACAUUAUCAAACUUGUGCUUGAAAAUAAACGUAAAACUCGGGGGUAUAAACAGUAUCCUCGUCCCAAGCAUAAGACCUAAAGUUUUCAACGAGCCUGUAAUAUUCCUCGGCGCAGAUGUGACUCAUCCACCGGCCGGUGACAAUAAGAAACCGAGUAUUGCUGCGGUAGUGGGUAGUGUCGAUGCUCACCCCUCUCGUUACGCGGCGACAGUAAGAGUUCAGCAGCACAGACAGGAAAUAAUCCAAGAGCUCAGUUCAAUGGUCCGCGAGCUAUUGAUUAUGUUCUACAAGAGUACAGGCGGCUACAAACCCCAUAGAAUUAUCCUUUACCGUGACGGUGUGUCUGAGGGUCAAUUCCUGCAUGUUCUGCAGCACGAGCUCACUGCUAUCCGUGAAGCUUGCUUGAAGCUCGAGUUGGAGUACAGGCCUGGUAUUACAUUUAUUGUUGUACAAAAGAGACAUCACACAAGACUUUUCUGUGCGGACAAAAAAGAACAGAGCGGAAAAAGUGGAAAUAUCCCUGCUGGUACCACUGUUGAUGUUAGCAUUGUACAUCCAACAGAGUUCGAUUUCUAUCUUUGCAGUCAUCAAGGUAUCCAGGGUACAUCUAGACCCUCCCACUAUCAUGUCUUGUGGGAUGACAAUCAAUUCGAGAGUGAUGAAUUGCAAUGCUUAACUUACCAAUUGUGUCACACGUAUGUCAGAUGUACGAGGUCUGUUAGUAUACCAGCCCCAGCUUAUUAUGCCCACUUGGUAGCAUUCCGCGCUAGGUAUCAUCUUGUUGAAAAAGAACAUGACAGCGGAGAAGGCUCACAUCAAUCUGGCUGCAGUGAAGACAGAACACCAGGUGCGAUGGCUCGCGCUAUAACCGUUCAUGCAGAUACUAAACGAGUAAUGUACUUCGCGUAAAACGUAACUAUUGUGUCAAAGUAAUGCAGUGUUUGAAGAUGCCUUUGCACGACAAAGCACUCACAAGUCAUAUCGCGAGAAUCUUCGUUAAUUCGAUAUAUAUUUAUCGAGAGAAUCAUUAAGAAAAAAAAAAGAAGACAAAUAUAAGUAACUUAAGCAAGAGUAAUAAUUGGUAAAUAUAUAUUUAUUAUAUAUAAUAAUUAUGGCUAUUUUAAUUAUAUCAUCAAACGAUCGAGCUAGAGAGGUCAAUUUAAUUUUCUUUUGCUAGACAUGUCGAAUCGUUGCUGUAAUUUGGGCGGGAAGGGAAAAAAAAUUGUAGAUGACGGGUGCUUUAGUUAAUCAUGUGUAAAAUUAAGAUUAAGAG